AGGGCCCCCUGAGGGGUCUUUAGAUUCUGGGAAAUGUCUGAUUGGCAGAUGUUAAAAGGGAUUCUUUGGUAAUCCUGUGCAUCAAUGAGCUGCACAAAUUCAGUCCAGGACUGCAAGAAUUCAGGCAUGAGGACACACUGUGCAGCAGGCACGCACAGGCAGACCCAAGAUGGACAGAACCUUGGAAUCCCUGAGACACAUCAUUGCCCAAGUCUUGCCUCACAGAGACCCGGCUCUAGUCUUCAAAGACUUGAAUGUUGUGUCAAUGUUACAGGAAUUUUGGGAAAGCAAGCAACAACAGAGGGCUGCGUUCCCAAGUGAAGGUGUGGUGGUCUAUGAGUCACUGCCCUCUCCUGGUCCUCCCUUUGUGAGUUAUGUGACCCUCCCAGGAGGAAGCUGUUUUGGCAACUUUCAGUGCUGCUUAAGCAGAGCCGAGGCCAGACGGGACGCAGCUAAAGUGGCCCUAAUCAACUCCCUUUUCAAUGAGCUGCCCUCUCGCAGGAUCACCAAGGAAUUCAUUGUGGAGAGUGUGCAGGAAGCGGUCGCCUCCACCAGCGGCACUUUGGAUGACGCGGACGACCCCAGCACCAGCAUCGGAGCCUAUCACUACAUGUUGGAGUCGAACAUGGGGAAGACCAUGCUGGAAUUUCAGGAGCUGAUGACCAUUUUCCAACUAUUGCACUGGAAUGGAAGCCUGAAAGCCCUUCGUGAAACAAAGUGUUCCCGACAGGAAGUCAUCUCCUACUAUUCCCAGUACUCCCUAGAUGAAAAGAUGCGCAGCCACAUGGCCCUGGACUGGAUCAUGAAGGAGCGGGAGUCGCCAGGAAUUCUCUCUCAAGAGCUACGAAUGGCCCUGAGGGAGUUGGAGGAAGCCAGGAAAGCAGGACAAGAACUACGGUUUUACAAAGAAAAGAAAGAAAUCCUGAGUUUAGCCCUGACUCAGAUCUACAGUGAUCCUGACACUUCCUCACCCAGUGAUGAUCAGCUGAGCCUCACCGCCCUCUGUGGCUAUCACUAGCAAGGCCUGGUCCCAGCUGCCCCUGAGGGUGGCAGAGGCCGGACUCUAACAUUAGGAAGCUCACUGAAGGAGGUUAUGGGAGGCUUUAGCACCUAUAGCUACUACCUGAAGGCUGUACUAAUCUUCCCACCCCUUCUAUUCACAGAAUCUGAGAGUAGUAGAACCUUGCAGGAUCCAACAUCCCACUCGAUGCAAUUUUCCCAUCACACUCUCAAUAGUUUCACCUCAGACUGAAAGGAUGGAGAUAGAAUCAUUUGAAAAAUAUUUUCCAGGCCUGGCUCCAACCUAAAGACAUAUGCCUUGCUAAAUUAUAUAUUUGUUUCAAAGAAUGGGCCAGUGUACCAUCUCCCAAAAGAACAUCAGCUAGGACUGCAGAAAAUAGCAUGAUGGUAAUUUUUAAAAAUACUUGAGAUUAAAUAAACAAUAUGGAUUUUUUUAAAAAAUAUCCAAGAGUCAGAGUUUCUUCCUAAACUUUGUACACUUAGAGAUAGUUUACACUUUACUAGGUAUAAUCCAAAACUACACUGGGAAUUUUAUCUGGACAUCCCACUAUCAAAGAUCUUAAAGUGGUAAUAGUAUGAAAACACUAGACAAAUUUAAUGUGGCUUAAAAUGCUAUUGUAAUAAUAAUUUUUUAAAAUCUACACUCUUCCAUAUGGGGAUAAAUGUCACCUAGAAUAGUACUCUCACUCAUAUUCCUCAAGAAGAACUAAUAUCCAAUUUUUAGGGUCCUACAAUCAGUUAUGUUCAUUUUUAAUUUGCAAAUAGAUAACUUGAUUUGUUGUUAUUUUUGCUACUGCAGUGAUGUAUCUAUAAUGGAGAAAGUUACUGGCAUUUUAAAGUUUAAAACCCUUUGAAAAAUUAUUAGCAUUUAAUAGUGCUUGCAUUUGAUUCAUUUCUCAUGCAUUAGAGAGAAGGAAUCUUUAGCUGUCUUUCUUAUUGUUCAAGAACAUAAGCCACCAGUAGUUCAAAUGUAGUGUCAUUUCUAAGUUUAAAUUACUGGAAUCUUCCUUAAAGAAGGGAUAAGACAUUGCCAUCUCUCUUUGAAAAUGGCUUAGGUCAAUCAAUUGAUUAGAAAACCAGAAGCAAAUACAAACCAAUUUUUAGCUGGUUCCUGUUCACUCAAAUUUAAGAAUGGCAGCAGUGUCGAUUUUCAACUCUUAUAGGUAUUUCCAUAUCUACAACAUUAAAAGUAUUUUAUUUUACAUUUAGUCUAAUAAUUCAAAUUAAAGAAACCAGUUUUUUCAAUUUUAAAUAAAGUUUCUUUUUUUUCUUGUUUAAGGCAAAUGCAGACCAACUUUCCUGAAAGCUAAAACCAUUAUAAUUACAUUAAGGUUUACAAAAACAUGGUAGUUUAGCCUCAUAUCUAAAUAGGUACAAAGGAAAUUGUCACUCCUUUAAUCUCCAUGAAAACUACUGUAUACUGAUCAUAUAUUUUGGAAUUAACCUUGAUAAUAAAAAAAUUAACUUUAUGCAUCAUAUUUUUCACCCCAGGGGAAAAUUUAGCUAUAUAUCUUU